AGUUUAUGCUAUUUUACCUAUUUUCGUGUUAUUGCCUUUUCGCUAUACAUUCGUAUGUAUUGUUAUUACUGUUACAUUCAUUUUCAUUUUCACUAUAUCUUGUUAUCAUGACUUUUAUUUUCUCCAUUCUCUUUGUCCUUCCCUUCUCUCUACUCUUCCUUUCUCUGUGUGCUUCUUCCUCUCCCUCCUUUUUCUCUUCUCUCUCUCUUCAUUUGUUUCUCCUCUUCCUUCUCUCCCCUCCCUUUCUCUCUCCUUUACCUCUUCUUCGCUUCCUCACUUUAUUCUGCCUCUUCCUCUUCCCUGUCUCUCGUUUUUUUUUUCUACUCUCUCCUUUCUCCUUUCUAUCCCUCCCUUUCCCUCUUCCUUCUCCUCUUUCCCAGCCCCCCUUCCUCUAUUCUACUCUCUCGUUUUCCUUCCUUCCCUCUGUCUCUCUUCUCUUCCUCCCUUAUUUCUUUCCUCUAGUUCACUUCUUCCUCCCUUCUCUAUCUCCACUACCUUUCUUCCUUUUCCCGGUUUCUCCUCCCUGUCCACUAUCUCUUGUUCACCUUCCUCUCCUCUUACACUAUUUUGCGUUUUCCUCUACUUUUUUCUCAUUUUCCACUUUUUCUCCUGUUCCUCUGUCUCUGUCUCCUUCUCCUCUUCCUCCUGCUCUGUAUCUCAAUUCUGCCUCUUAUUUCAUUUCAUAUUUCUUUUUCUCUUCUUUUCUUUCUGUUCUCUUCCUCCAAUCCCCACUCUCAUUUUCCUUCUUUACAUCUCUCUGUCCUCUUUCUCCAUACCUCUUUCUCCUUUUUUUAUCCUCUCUUUUCUCUACCUCCCUUCUGUCUUUUCCCUUCCUCUCUCUUUCUUUCUCCUGUUUUCUCCCACCUAUUUUUUCUCUUCUUCUCUCUGCUCUUCUUCUAUUCAGUUUUCCUCCCUAUUCCUCAUUUUCCAUUUCUCUGCUCUUUUUUCUUCUUUUCUCUGCCUUUAUUCUACCUAUCUUCCUCCCAUCACUCUUUCCUGUCUCCUUUUGCUCCCUCUCGCUGCUAUUCUCUUUAUCCCUUCGUUUCUUUUCCUCUUCUUCCUUCCUCGUUCUCUCCUCUUCUCUGCUUCCUCAUUACCCUAAUUCCCAUCCCCAUUUCCAUCCCCACUUUUCCUCCAUUCCCAGCCUCCUUCCCAUCACCCAUGAACACGAGCUUAAUACAAGCUUCUUCCUCCCCCAGGCAAAACUCCCAUGGACUUAGCAGCGCGUCAUCCGGCUGUGAAGCAAGUCCUGCUGGCGUACAGGGACGAUCCCGAGAAGCAGAGGAAGGAGAUGAAGAAGAGGUACGACUCGAAGGUGGCGGAGGCAGCCACCCUGCAGAAGGAAAAUGGAGAGUUGAAGAAGGAGCUUCAGGAAAAGGAAAAGGAAAUCAAAUUAAUGCAGGAGCAGGUGAAGCAAGCGCAAUUGCAUCAGCAAAGGUGUGAGAGUGAGGCGAGGGAGCAUGAGGCCGAGAAGGAAGGUCUCAACCAGCAAAUUGCAGAGCUUCAGGAACGCAGUGCAAGUUUACAGUGGCAUGUUCCAGUAACAACACGCCCCAGGCAGAGCGUCGCCCGUGAGCUGACUGUCCGGUCGCACACCGCAGUGCUCCUCUGUGUACUUGAAUAUAGCCUUGAUAAGUGAUCCCUGGUUUCUUUUGAACCUACAAGCAUAUCCGGCAAAUUGUCACACCACAGAUAGAAGAUGAUGUGUAUAUACAGAGAUAAAUAGAAAGAGAUAGACACAGAGGGGGGGUAGACAAGAUAUGUAGGGGGAGAAAACCAGACAGCAGGGGUUGAUGGAUAGACACUCAGAGGCAGAUAAAUAAAUAGAUGAACAGAUAGAUAGAGGGAGAGGAUGAAGAGGGGAACAGAG